AUGUAUGGACAAACAAAUGCAUGGGUAUUGCCCAAUGGGAGGUAUGGAGCCUUUGAAGUCAAUGAAACAGAUGUAUUUAUUCUUACGCAGAGAGCAGCACGUAAUCUUGCUUAUCAGGGGUUCUCUAGGAUACCUGAGAAACCUUCCUGCUUGAUUGAACUAACUGGUUACGAUUUGAUUGGCCUUCCAUUGAAGUCACCGCUUGCACACCAUCAGAUUAUUUAUGCCCUUCCUAUGUUAACCAUCGAUGCAGACAAAGGGACUGGGAUUGUGACUAGUGUACCUGGGGAUGCUCCUGAUGAUUAUAUGGCCCUGCAUGAUUUAAAAUCGAAACCAGCUUUUAGAACCAAAUAUGGUGUGAAGGAUGAAUGGGUUAUGCCCUUUAAGAUUGUACCGAUCAUCAGUAUUCCGGAAUUUGGAGAUAAGGCUGCGGAGAAGGUCUGUGGGGAUCUCAAGAUCAAAAGCCAGAAUGAGAAAGACAAGCUAGCAGAAGCCAAGAGGUUGACAUACUUGAAAGGGUUUACAGAAGGAACACUGCUCGUGGGAGAAUUUGCAGGAAGGAGAGUCCAGGAGGCAAAAUCGUGGAUAAGGAGCAAACUAAUGGAGGUAGGAAAUGCAAUCAUGUAUAGUGAACCGGAGAAGCACGUAGUGUCACGGUCAGCUGAAUGGAAAAAAUUGGCUGAGGAAUGCUUGUCGAGCAUGAACUUGUACUCUGACGUGACACGACAUGGAUUUGAACACACGUUAAGUUGGUUGAAUCAGUGGGCUUGUUCACGAUCGUUUGGGCUUGGAACACGUAUUCCCUGGGAUGAAAAUUACUUGGUCGAGUCGUUGUCUGAUUCAACCCUUUACAUGGCUUAUUACACCAUUGCUCACUUUUUACACGAUGGAGACAUGUAUGGGGAUUCCAACACAUCUGGGGUUAUACCUGAACAAAUGACCGAUGAGGUAUGGGAUUUUAUCUUUUGUGAUGGGCCCUUUCCAAAAUCAUCUGACGUAUCAUCAUCAAUUCUGAAUAAGAUGAAGCAGGAGUUCGAAUAUUGGUAUCCAUUUGAUCUUCGAGUGUCUGGUAAGGAUCUCAUCCAGAAUCAUUUUGCAUUUUGCAUUUACAACCACACGGCAAUUAUGCCCAAGAAGCAUUGGCCUCGUGGGUAUAGAUGUAAUGGGCACCUCAUGCUCAAUUCUAAGAAGAUGUCCAAGUCCACAGGGAAUUUUUUGACAUUACGGCAGGCAAUAGAGGAAUAUUCUGCUGAUGCCACACGAAUGGAUUUGGCCGAUGCCGGUGAUGGUGUUGAUGAUGCAAAUUUUGUAUUUGACACUGCAAAUGCUGCCAUCGGACGACUCACUAAAGAGAUUGCAUGGAUGGAGAAGAAUUUGAGUGCAGACUCUUUGAGAAGAGGUUGUCCUUCUACUUUUGCGGACCAUGUCUUUUGA